AGAAAGUGAUAUGGGUAGUGGAGCAAGUGCUGAAGACAAGGAACUUGCUAAGAGGUCAAAGGAGUUGGAAAAGAAGCUACAAGAAGAUGGAGAUAAAGAGGCAAAGACAGUUAAGCUACUCCUGUUAGGUGCUGGUGAGUCAGGGAAGAGUACAAUUGUCAAACAGAUGAAAAUUAUCCAUCAGGAUGGCUACACAGAAGAAGAAUGUCUGGAGUUCAAAGCAAUCAUAUAUAGCAACAUACUUCAAUCCAUCUUAUCAAUCGUCAGAGCCAUGUCUACUCUAGGCAUAGAUUUUGCUGAUUCAGGUCGAGGGGAUGACCAACGGCAGCUGUACAGUUUGGCCGACUCAAUUGAAGAAGGUACCAUGCCCCCAGAAUUGGUGACUUGUAUAAAGAAACUAUGGCUUGAUGGAGGAGUUCAAGCCACCUUUGAUCGAGCAGCUGAAUAUCAACUCAAUGAUUCUGCUGCAUACUAUCUUAAUCAACUGGACAGAAUCACUGCUCCCAACUAUCUUCCCAAUGAACAGGAUGUAUUGCGAUCCCGAGUUAAAACCACAGGUAUCAUAGAGACAAAGUUCGCUGUCAAGGAUCUUAAUUUCAGAAUGUUUGAUGUAGGUGGGCAGAGAUCAGAGCGCAAAAAGUGGAUCCACUGCUUUGAAGGGGUGACCUGCAUCAUCUUUUGUGGCGCUCUCAGUGCAUAUGACAUGGUCUUGGUAGAAGACGAUGACAUGAACCGCAUGCAUGAAUCUUUGCAUCUCUUCAACAGUAUAUGUAAUCACAAGUUCUUUGCUGCCACUUCCAUCAUUCUUUUCUUGAACAAGAAGGACCUCUUUGAGGAAAAAAUCAAGAAAGUACACCUCAGUAUUUGCUUCCCUGACUACGAUGGCCCCAAUACAUUUGAAGAUGCAGGCAAUUACAUCAAGCUUCAGUUUCUUGAUCUAAACAUGAGAAAAGAUGCAAAAGAAAUUUAUAGUCACAUGACUUGUGCCACAGAUACACAGAACGUCAAAUUUGUAUUUGAUGCAGUAACAGAUGUAAUCAUCAAAGAGAACCUAAAGGACUGUGGUCUCUUCUAAGAUUACAGCUUUUUAAAAGAAAAAGGUAAUUGGGUUCAAUUAUCUGUUCCUAAAGUAGGAAUUAGGCAGUAAGUAUA